AUGGCGAAUCACCAAACCCCUGCGGGUGAGAGUGACCCUGUUACUUUCCUCAACGGCAGACAUCAAGGAGUGAACGGAUAUCACGACAACAGCACCAGCGCAUCCUCCUCGUCUUCGUCCAAUAGCACACCCCGGCUUGCGUCCUCGAUUGAGGACUUUCCGACAAUUGCUCGCACUUCAAGAUUCACAAAUCUCGCUGAUCUUCGCCAACAAGUGUACCAUCUUGGCCCUGAGAGAGGCCACUUUGCUACCAGACACGCCGAGAACGCCGAAAUCCGUGCUGCUGAAGACAACACUGACAACUCUCAUCUCGUCAAUGGCAUUACUGCUCGUCCACGUCCGCGGCUUGUCCGCAACGCUGCUUUUACCAGACUCUUCAGAGCACGUGGAGACGCCGAGCAGCAAUAUCCUAUUGUUAACGGCGUGACCCCAGAAGCCAAUGCUGAACAAGUUGUCCGCAAUCGCCGUGGUCGUCGUUUUCUUCGUCGUCUCACUUCUGGAUCAUCAUUCCUCACUAGAACUUCCAACGCGGCUGAAAGUUUCUCCCCUCACCGAGCCCACAACAACGACAAUAGCAACUUGAAUCACAACGGUGUUGCUUCAUCAGAUACUACUGAGCCUCAGAACUCUGUCUCAUUCAGGAACAAUCAUCUCCAGCAUACCCAGCGUGCUGUUGCUACGUCAAACACCCCUGCACUUCAAGCACCUGUCGUGGUCAACCACGAUCUUCAGCAGCAAAGUGUUGUUUCAACAAACAGUUCGGAUUCUGAGAGUUUAGACUCUGAAAGCUCAGACGAAGGCAUUUACAUCAGAGGCGGUGUAAACUACUGGCAGGCACAAGACCGUUGUCUCAAUCUUGAAAGACCUCAAUCCACAACUGACAGAGAACAAUCUAAUCCUGAAGUCCACAUCCAUCAGAAUGACAGCGACAACAGUGAGCAAAGCACUCGCCAUUCGGAAUCCCCUGAUAGUGAUCCAGACGAUACCGUUGUGAUCUCUGCGCGUCUCGAAGCUCUCUAUGCUGCUCAUCGUACAGGAGUUGAAGUUCCUCAACCUGUGACCCCAGGAAUUCGUGUGGACAUUACAGAAACCGAAGAAUAUACACGUCGACAUCCUAAUCCCAAUACUCAUCAGGCUCGACUUGCAGCAAUUGAGGAUCUUGAAGAGCGGGCUCGUCUCGAGCAAGAACGCAUCAAUCAACACGCUCGUGAAGAUCGACCUCUCUCUCCUCCCGAAGGGGCUGACUCCGAGCCUGAGUCUGAAGAAUCUGAAGCCCAAGCUCCGGAAACUGAAGAUCCAUUGGACGCGAAUCAACACUUGGUACUGCGACGUUCGGAACUUCGACAGAAUCUUGAACGCCAGAUCGAUUCUCAAAAUCCUCGUCAGCGUCCACGUCAAGGACACUCCAAUAUUCAAGCUCGCCUUCAAGAACUUGAGUCCUUCGAACGCGAACGUAGUCGAGAAUGGUUUGAAGAAUUCUAUGCCCGAAGAAACGAGCGUAUCGCACGUCGUCAACGAGACCAGAACGAGUCUCGUAUACAGAUUGAAGACCUUGAAAUCGUCACUGGAUCUCGCCUGGGCGUUGAUAUUCCUCGAAUCCCGCAACAACCACAACUCCCUGAAUUGAGUCGACUUCGUCCUGCUGGACAUAACGUCACUCUUCGGGAUUUCGAGCUUUUAGGCGUUCAAGGUCUUCAACUUCUGCAAGGGCCUGCAGCAGCUAUCGAGGUCUUUCAAGAACAUAACACUCUCCUUGUUGUUGCAACUGACUUGCCUGGAGUCGAAUUCGAAUCCGAGACUUCUUCCAUCUCUGACCCUGACGAAGUCGAAGUCCAACAUUCCCCUGCACCUAAUGCUCCUCAAAACACUCCGACUUCAAGCGAAGGAAAUUUAGCAUUGGAAAGCUCGGCAUUGGACCAUCUCGUCCUGGAAAAUCACUUGCGCGAACUGCAAGAUUUGAAUGUCACUCAUCUUCCUGAACCAUCUUCGACCUCUGGCGUUGUCAAUAGCCACCCUGAGACUUCUUCUAUGAACAUGCAAGCUUCGACCACGGAUACUCGCGAAGCUUCAAACACAACAGGUAUUGCAUACCCUGAGAGUCCUUCCAUCUCUAGCAAUCCUCGUUAUCCUGUGGUUCUGACUUCUUCUCCCACAACCCAGGUCACUCAAGACGUCGGUACAGAUCUUGAAACUCCAAACCCAACAGUCACUGAUAGUCCUGAGAUUUCUUCCAUCUCUGACACAGUCGACACUGAACAUCCUGCGGCUCCGAAUGCGUUGACCACAAACCAGACUCGAGCUUUGUACACUGGUGAUGACGAAUCAGAAACAUCAAACACAAGUCAAUCCACACGUGCUGUCAACCCCGUCAACAGUCAAGACGAAGAUUCAGGAAAUUCUUCUACUGCAAUUCAGGCUGCUAUUGAAAACACUGAAGUUGCAUGGGCUCUUUACAAUCAUUCAGAUGAUCUCAGUCUAGCUGAUGAUAGUUCUCCAGUGAAUGAAAAUCAAGCUGUGAACACUGAAAACUCAGAUCCAAGUGAUCCUGAACUCUCAAACAUUACGGCGGUAUCCACUGAAAUUGCGAACACUUCUCGUCCUCUUUUAGCUGGUAGUACCUUGAUCAACGCUUCCUACGCCGACAUUGAAGGUGUAAACAAUAACAACUCGGGACCAAGUGUUCCUGAAGAUUCCACCCAAGACACAAACAACACUGCAACAUCCACUGAAGUUGCGAGUCCUCUUCCCAAUCUUCCACAUACUCCUACCCGUGUCAUUGACCUCUCUUCUUUCACCAACGUUGAAGGUGUAACCCAUACCCAGCCAGAAUCAAAUUCUGAAGACCUCAACUCAAGUCUCAUUGCAGAUUCCACCCAUGUCAGGAGCAUUAUUCCGUACCGUCCAGAUACCCCGUCUUCCACAAAUAGCAUCACUUAUUUCACCGACAAUGAAGGUGUAAACCAUGCUCAUCCAGAACCAAGAGUUCCUGUUGAAACAAACACACGUCUCACUGCAACGCCCAUUGAAGCAGCAGACACCUCUCUUCCAGUCUCACAAUUUUCUCAUACUAUUGAAGUUACGCAUGACGAUCAGCAUCAUGAAAUAUCCACUCCGACCACUCCCACUCAGGCAACUAUUGUGUCGGACAGAUUCACAACACCUGAUAGACCUCUCAUCGGCCAAGCCGACUACAGUGGUCCCCGUCCAACAACUCCAAUUCAGCAGUCAAUUCCAAUAGCACCUCUAUCUCCAAGAGAUGCUCAGACAACAAUCCGUCCGCGUCGACAAAGACGUACGACCGUCACUGAAGCUGGAAGUCCAGUGCGCACAGCUCCCACAGCUCCCGGCGCACCUCAAUCGCCAUUAUGGCAUUUCAACCGUUUGCAAAACAAUGCAGCAAACACAGCCCACCGUCUCGGUCCAUCCGGACCUCGUCUCAACUCCCCACCACUUCCACCCUCUCUUCCGACUCUCCGCCGCGUCGCAGGUUCGGAAUCCCUGCGCGCCUUGUCCGCCGAACACGGACAACCAAACCCUCCUCUGGCCGCCGUCGCCGCAGACGAGCCAGAGGCCGACGUGUUCGGUGAUCAAGACGAGGAAGAAGAGCAGCAGGAGGAAGCAGUGAUGGAGCCGGCGGGCGCGUACGCCGUCCCGGAGGAGGAAGACCUCCCGGCGUACAACCCUGCCGCCGACGACUUCAUUGAAGGGGACGGGGAGGAGGAGGAGGAGAGGGUGGAGGGGCCCGAGGGGGCGAUGGUGGAGCAGGCGCGCCACUACCUGCACCAGGUGGGCCACGAGGUCAACGUGCUCGAUGAAAUCGAGGCGACGACCCUGGUGCGCGGUAGCGGUGCGGCCGUGCGGGCGAGGCUGGGCCUGUUGCUGGCCGAGGACGUGGUGGUGGGUGCUCUCCGAGCGGCCGUCGGCGCCGUCGAGCUGCACCGCAUGCAGACCCAGCGUCUCUUCGACCUGGCCCAAGUGCUCCGAGCAGAGGGGAUGGAGGCGCAGCUGCGCGCCGACUCCAACGCUCUCCUCCUCGAGGAGACGCGGCUGGAGUUGGCCGCCCUGCGUCGCCGGAUCCAACGCGGAGGGCGCAACGGCCACUAG